AUGGUGAAUUGCACAUGUGGUGCUGGACCCAUGACACUCCUCAUCUCAAGAACAGAAAGAAACUAUAUGAGACGCUUUUACAAGUGUCCCCUAGGUAAGAAUCAUCCCAGAGGUUUUUAUUGGGAAGAUGAGUUGAUGCAAAAUUUGCCAGAAGCGGUACAUGAUGACGACGCUGUGGGUUUACGUGAAAAUGGUAGCGCGUCGGGCAUGCCGUGGACCGUCGGGGGCAUUAUGCGAUGUUGCGGUAUUACAGGGUUUGGUUCUGCAGAAGAGUUGUCUGCAGAUGAUUUUGUUGCACUUAUUCCAAGUGUCUAUAUUUCAAUCAAGGAGCAAGAUACAAUUGACUCUGUUGUUUAUGUUCCUUAUGAGGUGAUGAAGCAACGCAUGCAAGUUCAAGGCACAAGGACAUCUUGGAGCUUUGUGAAGCCUGGUGUGCAAAUGUAUGGUUACUAUACAGGAAUGUUCCACGCUGGCUGUUCGAUAUGGAAUGAACAUGGGGUAAAAGGACUAUAUGCAGGUUACUGGCCUACACUCGCAAGGGAUGUGCCUUUUGCUAGUCUAAUGUUUAUGUUUUAUGAAGCCUUGAAAAAUGUCACAGAAUAUGGGAAGCAAAAAUGGAUACCCAAUACGAAUUACCAAGUUAAUAGUUCUAUGGAGGGAUUUCUAUUAGGAGAGCUAGCUGGUGGUUUUAGUGCAUAUCUCGCUACUCCAUUGGAUGACAUCAAAACAAGAUUGCAAAUACAAGGAUCGACUACUAGGUACAAUGGCUGGUUUGAUGCAAUUCGUAAUGUAUGGAUGGCUGAAGGCACAAAUAAACUGUUCAAGGGUAGUGUCCCCAGGAUUGCAUGGUAUAUUCCAGCUUCUUUAGAAGAAGGGGUAUAG